AGAAAGUAUGAAGCAAAUCUGAGAUGGUCAGUGGUGAACAUUUUUCUAAAUCUGGUGAUUUGGGGCGGAAUUACCCAGCUGUGAUUUCUAAAUGUACUUUGACUUGUAUUUAAUUGUGGACAGUAUGAACCCUAGAUAUUUUUUGUUUUGUCUGGUCAACUUCAUUUAUUUUGUGAAUAUACAUCCAUUCAUGUGUUUCUGGCCUAUAACACAUUCCAAAAAAAGUUGGGGCUGGGGCAGUUUAGGGCGAGUAAUGAGGUUAAAACAAUUAAAUGAUGCGAUUUGAAACCGGUGAUGUCAACAGGUAAUUGUAAUUAUGAUCUGGCACCGAAUCGGUAUCCAGAAAAGGCCCCGUCUUUGAGGAGCAAAGAUGGACUGAAGAUCUUAAGUUUGUCAACAAACAUACACUACCGUUCAAAAGUUUGGGGUCACCCAGACAAUUUUGUGUUUUCCAUGAAAAGUCACACUUUUAUUUCCCACCAUAAGUUGUAAAAUGAAUAGAAAAUAUAGUCAAGCCAUUUUUCUGGCCAUUUUGAGCAUUUAAUCGACCCCACAAAUGCGAUGCUCCAGAAACUCAAUCUGCUCAAAGGAAGGUCAGUUUUAUAGCUUCUCUAAAGAGCUCAACUGUUUUCAGCCGUGCUAACAUGAUUGUACAAGGGUUUUCUAAUCAUCCAUUAGCCUUCUGAGGCAAUGAGCAAACACAUUGUACCAUUAGAACACUGGAGUGAGAGUUGCUGGAAAUGGGCCUCUAUACACCUAUGGAGAUAUUGCACCAAAAACCAGACAUUUGCAGCUAGAAUAGUCAUUUACCACAUUAGCAAUGUAUAGAGUGGAUUUCUGAUUAGUUUAAAGUGAUCUUCAUUGAAAAGAACAGUGCUUUUCUUUCAAAAAUAAGGACAUUUCAAAGUGACCCCAACCUUUUGAAUGGUAGUGUAUGAGAACUGUUUUUAAACAUUUCAAUAACGUUCUUCAAAGAAAGUUAUGAAGGGAUUUGGAUAGUUCACUCUCUACGGUGCAUAAUAUCAUUAAACGAUUCAAGGAAUUUCAGUGCAUAAAGGGCAAGGGCGCAGUCCUAAGCUGAACACCCGUGAUCUCUGAUUCCUCAGAUGGCACUGCAUCAAGAACAGUCAUUCAGCUGUAGCUGAUAUAAUCACAUGGGCUGGGGAUUACUUGGGCAAAUCUUUGUCCAGCACUAAAAUAUGUUACAUUCACAAAUACCAGUUAAAACUUUACUGUACAAAAAGGAAGCCUUAUAUUAACUGUGUCCAGAAGCGUUGUUGAUGUCUCUGGGCAUCUGGGAUAGACCAUCACACAGUGGAAACGUGUACUGUCCUCAAACAAACCAGUAUUCCAGGUCUUUUUUUUUUUUUUUUUUGGAAGAAAUGAACGGCGUGUGCUCCGAACCAAAGAUGAAAAGGACCAUCCAGACUUACCAGUAGCGAGUCCAAAAUCCAGGGUCUGUCAUGGUAUGGGGUUGUGUUAGUGCCCUUGGCAAAGGCAACUUGCACUUCUGUGAUGGCAGCAUUAAUGCCAAAAAGUACACUGAGAUUUUGGAGCAACAUAUUUUGCCUUCAAGAUGACAUCAUCUCCAGGGAUAUUUCAACAAGACAAUACAAAACCACAUUCUGCACACAUUAUAAAGGCAUGGCUAUGGAAGAAGAGGGCGCCUGUUCCCUCCGUCCCCAAGAGAGAAUAUAACAACCAUGACCCUGUACUGUUGCACACCUUAAGACCUGUUUGCAGGAAGAAUGGAACAAAACAGCACCUGAAACGCUUCAUUACUUGGUGUCUUCAGUCCCUCUUUUAAGUGAGAAGGAAUGGCAGCAUUACAAAGUGUGGAGCGAAACCUUUUCAACCUUUCCGAAGUCAGCCAUAUCCUGGUCGGGAGGAAAGAAAAGACUCGCGCCAUGAAGCGGAAAGCUUUGAAAAUUUGGAAAUGAGUGAUGAUCACACUGACGCUACAGACUAUAAAUCAUAUGAACCUUCACCUCAUGAGCCAAAUGUUACUUCCCUGAAGGAUCGAGAUGAGCAUGGUGCCCUGUACCAGAGGUUUUAUCAACAUUUCCACGGAGAUGGAGCCAAGCAGCCUGCUGACUGUGUCGUGAUUUCUUUGAACAACCAGACAUUGAAUUACGCAAAAUCAUUAGGCCACUGUUUGCAGGAGCGUGGCCUCAUGGUGGAAAUGCUUUACCUGCAGGCGGAGUCGGGCUUGACCCAGGCCCUGAAAGAUGUCCGUGCUGAUGGUUCCCUCUCGUGUAUCCUCGUCGAACAGACUAAUGUCGCUCUCUGCUCAUGCACAGUAGUCAUAUUUUCAGAGUCCCUCAAAAUUCACCGUAACAUGCCCAGAGAGCAGGCUCUGGACUUGGUGAUGGUGCAGAAUGGGCGUGCGAGUGGUGCCCAGCGACAGCGUGACCCUGUGGAGGCAGCAGCAAGGGCUUCUGAGCUCUCUGAUGACUACCUGGAGCGGGCCAAGCUAGAGCGCCAUGCUGUGCCCUCUGCCACGCGCCACCUGCUCCUCCUCAUGGCCGAGGGCCUCCACCUGUACCCAGAGGAGCUGGACUCCAUCACUGCGUAUGUACACAACCGCCAGGACCAUCUGCAAGCAACCUCUCCUGAAGUAGAUGGUAAAGUGGCUCCGGAGAUAAUGAACAGCGUCCCUGUAGGCCUGGGGAAUCCUCCACCCCUUCUCUCUAUACCUGUCGGUCCUGUCCCCCCGCUCAACGAGCACCCGACACCACCUACCGGCACAGCCAAGCCAGCUCACGGGCAUCCAGUGAACGCACCAGACUCGUAUCCCAAAACCAAGCCUCCUCCUCUUCUCCCACUGAAUAUUCUUCAAGGAUCUCCUCAGGGUUCUCCCCCUCAUGAGUCACCACCACCCCAUGGUUCAACUGGAACUCAAGCUCCUUCUACCUCCCACGGCCAUCCACUUCUACAUGGUCCCUCUGAGACUCGUUCACUACUCUAUGGUUCUCCUGCUCCUAAUGGCCCCCAGCAAUCUCAUCCUCUUUGUGGCCCUUCAGCACCCUAUGGUCCUCCUGUUGCUUGUAGUUCUUCUGCCUCUCAAAACCCACAACCAUUAAGGGGUCCCACAGCACCAAGAGGACCACCAGCUGCACAUGGCACACAUCCAUCAAGGCCUCAUGGACCCUAUGGCUUCCAUAUACAUGGACCACCACCUAAUGGUCCACUAUCACAGAAUGGCCCAAGUGGGCUGCGAGCACCCCCACCCUUACUCAGGAACCCGUGCAUGAGAAAUCCAGCAGGGCCUGCAGCACAGGCUUCACGACACCUCCCUCUCUAAUGACUCGGGGUGUCGUCUGAUAAAAUGUGCAGCGACAUACAAACAAAUCAUCAUGUUCUUGCUGUUACCGUAAGACUGUUCAUGUUGUCUUAUGUAUAUUAUUUUUUCCAAUCUUGUAAAUUGUAUGUAUUAUAUGUAUAUGUUGGCAAUUUUGUUCCUGGUACAAUCAUGCCACGAUUAUUAAAGUGCUAGUCUAAAGAAAAUUACAUCUUAAAAUCCUGGGUUUUCUGUGUGUGAUAUGUUCAAAAUGGUUGUAAAGUU